UCAGCGCCCACAGCGGCUCACUGAGCACUUCCUGCGCCACGACCGGAAGCUGACAGUGCCGGUUACAGACCAGGAGCCUGCCACACAUUGUCCUGGUUCACAUCACACGGAGCCGCCAUGAGCACGGGUUUAAGCUUAGAGAAAACUGCCUCUUUCAGGAAAAAGCUUAAGUCUGAACCACGAUUCCAACUAGCCCAGAAUGUGGCAACCUGUGCAGAUCCAUUGGAAGUCUGUCUGCAGAGGCAGACUGUGCAGGACAGCGUGCAUGUUUUCCAGCACACAAUCCCUGCUGAAGGCAAGCCAAUCACCAACCAGAAAAAUACAGGAAGGUGUUGGAUAUUUUCCUGUCUGAAUGUUAUACGACUUCCUUUUAUGAAAAAAUUCAACAUUGAGGAAUUUGAGUUCAGCCAGUCUUACCUGUUUUUCUGGGACAAGGUGGAGCGUUGUCAUUAUUUCCUUAAUGCCUACAUCGAAACUGCACUGCUGAAGGAGCCUAUUGACGGGAGGCUUAUGCAGUUUCUGCUGUCAAAUCCAACCAAUGACGGAGGGCAGUGGGAUAUGCUGGUUAACCUUAUUGAAAAAUAUGGUCUUGUCCCAAAGAAAUGCUUUCCUGAAUCUCACACUUCAGAGGCCUCAAGAAGAAUGAAUGACAUUCUGAACCACAAGAUGAGGGAGUAUUGUUUACGUCUGAGAAACAUGGUAGCCAGUGGCAGUACAAAAGAGGAACUUUCAGCAGCUGUUGACACAAUGAUUGAGGAGGUGUACAGAGUUGUUAGUGUCUGCUUAGGAAGUCCUCCAGACACGUUCACUUGGGAGUUUCGAGACAAGGAGAAGAUCUUUCACAAGAUUGGACCAGUGACCCCCCAGGAAUUCUACAGGGAGCAUGUUAAACCCAUUUACAACAUGGAAGACAAGGUUUGCCUUGUGAACGAUCCCAGACCACAGAAUGCCUUUGGAAAAUUGUACACUGUGCAAUACCUGGGAAAUAUGGUGGAAGGACGGAAAACCACAUACAAUAACCAGCCUAUUGAAACUCUAAAAAAGAUGGCUGCUUUGUCAAUUAAAGAUGGAGAGGCGGUGUGGUUUGGCUGUGAUGUUGGUAAACAUUUCCAUGGAAAGCUAGGCAUCAACGAUAUGAAUAUUUUUGACCAUGAACUGGUGUUCGGCUUAUCUGUCAAGAACAUGAACAAAGCAGAGAGGGUAAUUUUUGGCGAUUCGCUAAUGACCCACGCCAUGGCUCUCACUGCAGUCACAGAGAAGGGUGAUCAAGAAGGAGAGUAUGAGAAAUGGCGAGUGGAAAAUUCCUGGGGAGAUGAUCGUGGUAAUAAAGGGUACCUCCUGAUGACAGAUGAGUGGUUCUCUGAAUAUGUCUAUGAGGUAGUGGUGGACAAGAAGCACAUUCCUGAAGAAGUGUUGGAGAUUCUGAAGCAGGAACCUAUUGUCCUACCAGCCUGGGACCCAAUGGGGGCUUUAGCUUAGUGAACAAAUUACACCAUUCUUUCCUACUGCCCCUCCACCUUUUAGACUAAAUUGCCCUCAUCCUGCCACAUUGAAGCUCUGGAAUAAUACAGAAUGCCUGCAUGUUUUUACACAAGAAAGCAAUGGGAUGGUCAGUUGGACACCAAUACCUCUCCUCGUCAGAACUACAACUCGGAGAGGGUCCCCCUACUUUUUUUUCCCAUAUAUUAUUAUUAUUAAAUGUUUUCCUUGUCUUUUUCAAAAAAGAGAUAAUGUAUUCUGUUAAUUGUUCUUACUUUGCCCUGCUUGCUUUUUUGGCAUAUGAACUGUAGUAGUUAUCUGUUUAUCAUUUGUUCCUUUUCUUCAUAUUGUUCUGGAGAGUUUAAAUGACCAGUGGACACUGGGGCAUGUUCAAAUUCCUGGAGCAAAAUUAUCUUUGUAGUUUGUAUUUUUUUUUUUUUUUUUUCCUUCGAUAGGUAACUACCAAGUCUACAACUGCCACAGGCUUGGUCCAUGAUACUCAACUAGCCAAAAAAAAUAGAUAAUGUAACAUUGAAGUUGACACUCAAGAAAGCAGUAGUGCAGGAGAUUACUGACACUUGGUCUUCACUCCAAAAGGUUUAUUUUAAAGGCCAAAAGAACCACUGUGGGUAAGGAAUACAUUCAAAAGCAGGGCUCAACAUUUCCACCUACCGCUAGCUAUUAGCGAGUGACUAGUUAUCCCUAGCGAAAAGAGACUGACUCCUGGUGGAUAUACUAUGACUUGCAGUGGCCAGUAACUUUUAACACCGUCCUAGCUAGAAGCAUAGUUAUUCAAAUUAUAAUCCCUGAUAUGUAUAUCAUCGCUAAAAUAUGAAAAAUCAAAGUGCGAUACUUAUCUACCCUUUAGUCAAACAUGCCAGCUAUGUUUUCCUACUUAAAUAAUCAUGUGAGAGAAUAGGUGACUCCUUGAACAGAUUAUACGUCGCUACAGUUUAUAUGCAAGUUCACCUGGAUAUAUUGCAUAUAGGAACUAUUGUACUGCUGCUAGCUUGUAAUUUUAUGUCUUAGAUUCUUCUUGCUGUGCUGAUUCAGUGUUUCAUUGUACAUUCUGGAUCGCACUUUUAUUCUUCCAUGAUCCAUUGCACAUCUUUUGCUGAAGUGCGAUAGGUUCCCCUCUCUAACUGGUAUAAUCAGGGCAUUUUAUAGACUUACAAUGGAAUCAUGUGUUUUUACAUGCCUCUUAUGAAUCAUUUUAGUGUUAAAGUGGCUUUCGUAUUCGACUUUUUCUUUGCACCUUAUUUUAGAAGGGCAGAGACAUUUAGUUUAAUGAGGCAGUAUUAGUGUAUAGAUCAGGCCCCUGGAGUCUCCCUGCUCAAUUCACUGCCAUUUAGGAGUCAAAUCAUUGCCAUUUAGGAGUUUUGUUUCUGUUUAUGCAGCCAUAGCCACACCUCCCCUGGCUGUGACUGACACAGCCUGCAUGAAAAAAUAUUGUAUUAGAUGUAACUUACAUUAAAAGUUAUCUCCUGUAAAUUGUACUUUAAUUACAUACAGGCACUCCUGCAGGAUUUAGAAAGCUAUUAACAGAGCUGUAGAUAAGAAAUCCUAAAUUAAACAAUUUGCAAUAAAGGAAGUGUAAACAUUAGAUGACUCUUUACAGGAAGUGUGUAGUAAGGCUGUAUAAGUCACAGGGAGGCUUGACUAGGGCUGCAUAAAUAAAGUGUUUUAACUCCUAAAUGGCAGAGAAUGGAGCAGUGAGACUGCAGUUACAUUAUCUGUACACCAAAACAGCUUUAUUAAGCUAACGUGACUAUGACUAUAGUGUACUUUUAAUAAAGGUUGAAUGAAACAAAGUUAACCUUUAGAAUUUGCAGGGGCAAAAGUGUUUUUUUUUUUUUCUAUUCCAAAAUGAUCUGCUCCACAUCUGAGAUUAAAAUGUAUGAAGUGAUAAUUAGAUGAAAACAUACCGACCAAAAAUCCUUUUUCUAAUUUGGCGCUCUACUUCAGUGCCUAUGCUUCCAAAGAUCACAGCAUUAUAUCAUUGUUAAUUGUUCCUUUGGCUGAGCAAGGCUAUUACAGCCCAUGCAAGUGAGCGUUCACAGUGCUUGCACAUCAACAACCCAGCAUGGUUGGCGGACCUGUAUCUCUGCCCGUAAAAGUUGCAUUAUUGGAACCCUUCCAGUCUCUAGGUCUGCCAGCUCCUGCUCCAGUUUUAUAAUGUUGAGAGAAAUUUAAAAAUUUUAAUGAAUUGGAGAACCCUGUGAAAGUUUUAUCCUGCUGAUAUUACAGUAGAAUUGUAAUAUCCAAGCCACUCCAAGCAUCCAUUGCUUAUUAUUAUUAUUAUAAUUUUUUAUGAUUUCUAUCUAAAUGGUGCUUUUGAGAUUUUUAAUA